UCCAAGAGAGAGAACAUUUGAUUUUCUUUGUGGCGAAUUUCUCAUUGCCGAAUCAAUCAAUCUAUUCACUUUGAUAUAUACAACACUUUCAGAAUGGUUUGCUUGGAUCAAAAACUGAAGAGACCAACCUGGAUUGGGUUCUCAUUCUUGUCAAUCCUUUAGGUUUCCUGAUCCGAGAGUUCUUCAUUGAUUCCUCUGUUUUCCAGAUUCAGCAUUUUGCGGAAAAUUUGAGGUUUGCUUAUCUGGGUUUCCUUUUUUCUUGCUUGAUCGAGCUUUGUUUCUUGGCGAACUUCGAUGGAGGAGGAUCAAGAACGCAAGCAUCUGUGCAAGAUUUGCAGCAAGAGCUUCGUCAGCGGCAAGUCUUUGGGAGGUCACAUGAGGGGCCACUUGGCCUUGAUUUCAGCUAAGAAGCAUGAAGAUCACUUUAAUGGCACUGAUUCCAAUUUCGGGAUUGAAGAAAAUUCCAACAAGGAUUUGGGGGUUUCUGAUUUCUUAACCCAAAAACUGGAAAAGUUCACGACCAGUGAUGAUGCUCAUGUCGGUGAUAUGGAUCUUGAAGGUGCCUUUCAUGGCAGUUAUGGCCUUAGAGAGAACCCUAAAAAAUCCUGGAGGAUUUCUGGUGGAAAAGAUGGUGAUGAUAAUGUUGCAAGGAAAGAGAGCCUCUGUAAACAAUGUAGUAAAGAGUUUCCCUCAUUGAGGGCUCUGGCUGGCCAUAUGAGGCAUCACUCCAUGAAAGAUAACCAAUUCAUAUGCAAGCAAUGUGGCAAAGGGUUUGCUAAAAAGAGGGCUCUGUUUGGUCAUAUGAGACACCACUCCAAGAGAUCCAAUGAGUCCAUAGAGAGCCAAUCUGACUACGAGGCGCCUUGUCCAAUCCGAAAGCGAUCGAGGACGAGGUACAAGAUUACUGGGGAAGUUAAUAAUUUGUUCGAUUUGAAUUCAUCUUCAAGUGCUUCUGAGAUUGAUGAUGAAGCAGAAGAAGCAGCCUUGUGUUUGAUUAUGCUUUCCAGGGGUUUGACAAACUGGGUUGCCUUUAUUUCAGCCUUGGAUUCCAAGGCAUUGCAUGAAAGUGAGGAAAACAUGGGGAAGAAGUUGGAGUCUAGCGUUUCAUGUGCUGGGAAUCCUCUCUGUGAUAAGAUUGAAUCUGAAUUUGGUGAUCUGGUUUCUAGGUCGUUGAGCAAAGGUGAUGGGUUCAAGAAUCAGGAACCUGUCCUAGACGACGAUGAAUGUGAAAUCAAGAAAGGAAGUGAACCUAUGGAUUUGGUUAGAGUUGGAUUGGAUCAAACAGAAUCAGCCAGUUCUGAUGUGCAGGAUCCUGAAUUUGCUGCAAAUCUUUGGGAUGGAAUGGAGCAAGCUGCCUCCGUUUCUGGGACCCUGGAAGAUUCUGAGAAGAAGUGGAAUUACAGGUGCAGGACCUGCAACAAGAUCUUUCACUCUUACCAAGCGCUUGGGGGCCACCGAGCCGGCCAUAGAACUCUUGGUUGUGGCUUUGCGGUGAAUAAUGAGAGCCCUGAGGCAAAUUCCAGCCUUGAACUGGGCAGUGGAGGGACAACCAUCACACUUUCAGAGUUGAAGAAGAGCAAGGAGCAUGAAUGCCCAAUCUGCUUCAAGGUUUUCCCAUCAGGGCAAGCGUUGGGUGGCCACAAGAGGGCUCACUACACUGGAUGCUCUGAAAUCAAAACCAAAGAGCUUGCUGAUGUUGGAGAUGUUUUUUAUCUUGAAAAAGAAGAGAAUGGUGGUUUGAGGCUCAAUCCAUUAUCCAUGAUGGGUUGGGAGCAAUCUCAAGCUCGAGGCGCUGCUGAUCUCUAAUUGAACAAACUGUUUCCUGCCAUGGAUUUCUAACAGAGCUAGGUCUAAGAGGUUUCCCUUCUGCAUUACAGCUUGUAAGUAGCUAAUCCUCCGAUUCAAUUUUUUUUUUUUUUUUUUUUGCUGUUUUCUUUUUCAUGUCUGUUUGUGUUCUCUCCCAUUCUGAACUGUCUCAAAUUUUGGAGAAGGGGAGCUCAUUGUUCUUUCUUUGGAAUUAAAUCGAAGUUCCUUUCCCUGUAAUGCUUGUUUGCAUUACUAAUAAGGUUGAUUGGUUUUCUUCAAAGUUUUGAGAUUUGGUUUGUCAAUUAUCA